GGUUUUUGCGCCGAGAUUAACCCGCCUGAGUUGUCGACGCUCGCGGUCGUAGAACGUGACAUUGGGGCGCGGCGUGGACUCGAUGGAGAGCGUGGAUCAAGUAAUUGAUCGACUCUCUGGAGAGAUGAAAGACACGCUUUCGAAAUUGAAGCCCGUCAUGUCGGUGGAAGUGCUCUCAGGGGACAACCAGCUGCACGAUGACGACAACAUCAGUCCGACGAUCGAAGAGUUCUCGGCCAGUUUGCCUGAACUGGUCUGCCGCAUGAAGGAAAUGGUGUCUCUGAUGGAGACUAACACAAAGAUCUACGAAUCCCUGAAAACAACGUCGAGUCCGAUGAGCAAUCAGUCCGAUUCUACGUACGACGAAGACGAAUACGACGACGACAGUAGCCGUGGUGGUGACUCACGCCAAAGUUUGUGGCUGAACGAUGUGGGUCGCGCGAGUACGUUUACUCCGCGCGAUGGUAAUCUGUUUCACUUCAGAGAAAGUAUUGGUCGGACUCCGUCAUGGAGGACAAACGUGUUCGACUCGACGACCGCGCCGUUCCGCCAUCCAAUAUCGAUACACGACGAGUUUCACGGCAAAGAGCGACAGUCGUUCAGCUUCAGUGAAAGUUUCAAGACGCCCAUAAUCCCUCGAAGUCGUCAAGGCAAGCCAAUGGUGCCUCGCAUUCGCCUGGACGCAGGUCCUUUGGGGUCCGAGAAGUCCGGGUCCUUGGCACCGCUGCAGCACAAGCGAUACGACUACUCUGUCAAGUGGACUCACGGAGACCUCGGUAUUUCGCUCAACAACUUUACCAAGAACCGCCGCGGAUUCCAAAUUUCGAGCUUGGAGCAGUCGGCGCAGUGCUUUACGACGGGUAUCGGCAACGCUCGUCUCGGGGACGUUUUGGUCUUUAUCAAUUCACACGACGUCGAAAUGCUUCCAUGCGACCAAGUGAAGGACAUUUUGCUCGCGACACCGCGCCCCAUGGAGCUAUUCUUUCGAUCGAAUCCGAAGACUGUGACCUCUCCCACCUCUGCCAAGCAGUUCCGCGACAACCAGCGCGUGUUUGAAGAAGGCCAUGAUGAAAAAGAUGGGGCGGCACGCCAUCUAAAGCUGCCGGAAGCGCCCAUGAACUCGAUCCGCGCUACCGACGUGACAGAGUCCAUCUACAACGACGAGCUCGAGGAAUGGUUGCGCCGCCAAGAUGAAAUGCACAGCGCACUGGUGUUACUCCUCACGGAAACGAUUCUCCAGUGUGAAAUAUUGAAGGCUGAAAACUUUGACGAACUCCAGCAAAUGAUGGAGCGUGCGGUCCUCCAGCGGCGACGAGCGUCGUCGGCUGUAGCAUUUCGUAGUGCCAACCACCAUGACCCUGUUCCUCCAGCAACACAACCCAAGUAGAACUCAUGUUUAUUACUCCAAAAGCGAAGUCUUGCGUACACUUUUGGAGAAUCUACAUUGUCUUCAUUUUGCAAGGAAAGCGAGCUUGGUCUACCACGAACUGCCCGUGCCAGACUUGGGCUGGACGAAGGACGCGUAGUCCCACUUCGUGUCGACGGCGAAUGGUUCAGAGAACGCCGUGCCUUGCGCAUUCACGCGUGCAAUCACGAUACGGUUAAUCGCGCGGCAGUCGCGGUAGUAGCAUACCUUCAUGACCUUUUCCAACAAUUGACGCGCUUGUUCUUCCGUCAAAUCAGGAUGCCACUCGUUGCGUAAGAUGGGGGUCGCCAAGAGGUGACCAAAUCCCGUGGCAAGGAAGUCUCCUGUGAACGCGCAUCCAAUCAAUGUGACUUGGCCAAGGAACGGUUCAUUUUUAUCCAUGCCGGCGAUCAAGAGAGUGUUCCACAACGGGUUGAACUUGUUGCGACGUUGGUACAACACACGCUGCAGGUAGUGGUAGAUUUCGGGGGCGGUCAAGUCGCACUUGUCGUCAAGGUUGAAGUCGUUCACUGCCAGCUCGUCCAAGUGGUCCGACAGGUACUGAAAGUCACUCAAUUCCCCGCCGGCACCGACCAAGGUCGAGUUGUGCACCGAGAUGAUGCGUCUGUUGUCCGUGAAGCGAGCGAGGGAUCCGUACGACCCCAAAGUAUCUGCUGCCAUAAGAACGCCGCCGCGGUACUUGACAGCAAUGACGGACGUGCCCGUCACGAUAGGGGAUUGUGUUCGUUGCGCCAUUCUUCUUCAGCACAAGAUCGGCUUGGACUUCGUUCUCGCAAUAAUGACCCCAC